CCGACAUUUUAUUAUUAUACUCUUUCCAUUCCUGAUUUCCGCCAAAAACUCUCUGUACAACUGCCCAGAUCGACAUAUAAACACUCUCCCCAUGCCCUGAGCUACAAUCUCUCAUUCCCAGCACCAAAAAGUACCCACGUCUUUUCCGUCAUGUUCACAUCCCCUAAAUACUAUCCUGCCUCUCACCCGUCAUCGCGCUCAGCCUCUCGACAUGACGACAGGCCUGCAUCUCCUCAGACAAAAGCUCAAGUACGCUCAGAGGCUAUAGCAAAGCUCAAACGGGCAGCUUCUCUGCCUCGGAACGCAGACGGUAGGCGGCCUAUUCAACGACAUGCAGGGGCACGGACCGACGACAGUAGCGGUGAUGCCGAGGGUAGUCCUGGUAUCUUGCCAAUAUCAGUAGAAAUAUCAAGCCUGUCGAGGCCAGAUGCACCUCCAAGACCCACAAAUGACGAACAGGAAAUGCUCUCGCCAUCACCGGUGCAGAUUACAUUCGACCAUGCCAGUAUUCAUCCCUCUGUCGAUCACAUGCAUAUGCAGCGCUCAGCUUCGGCUUCUCCAUCUCACAAUAUGACCUGUAACGAUUACCCAUCUCCAACAAACGGGGUCAAUUCUGAGCGGCAUGCCAUGCAACUGGCACAACCUUACUUGCCAUCUUUGGCACCGCGCAGUAUCAAUUCUCUCCAGCAGCAAGUGCCUCUGGCAGGUCGUGAUACACCAAGCCCGCUCCCGACUCUGGGCGAGCUUAGGACAUUGCAAAGAUCAAAUUCUCAGGCAGCUCGAGCCCAAGCUAUGUCAAAGCUCACCGGAGGGAAAGGAGCAACGAUGAAUGAUGAUGUAUCUUUACAUUUGCCGCUGCGGAGUCUUCAACGAGCGGGGACUCUUGGUGCGAACACCAAUCGAACGUUAAGAACACCAUCACGCAGAAGAGCAGAAUUUUCUAAACCUGUAGCUCAAGAUGGGCAUCAAGCUACAGCGUUUGAUGAGCCGAGACCAAGACUGCAACGAAGUUUUACUGUCUCCUCGUCGAAUAUGGGUGAAGAAAGAAGGAGCGCAGUAGGCAGACGGAUGGUGGAACGUUUAGCGGAGAGACGCGCUGCUAGACAAAAAGAAGAGGAAGAAGUGCGCAGAUUGUGGGAAGAACGGAAGGCAGCUACCGAUCCCAUAGGCAAGGGACAGGCCCAUGACAUUGGCCGACCUGGAACGGAUGAACAGGAACAAUUCCAAGUUACAUCAUCUGUUUCAAAGACGUAUGAUGAUGGCGGUGUGCAGAUUCAAGCCCCGACUGUAGCUUCAUCGAACCUGCUUUCUGCCCCAGAAAGACCUGUCUCUGGCGUAACAAUGCAGUCUGCGCAAUUCGAAUACGAAGACCAUCUUCGCAGGAGCCUUUCCAGUCGCACGGCGAGAGGUGCUGUGGGGGUUAUUUCCGAACCUGUACCGCCCAUGACUGUUCCCAGUGUUCAAAGCGAAGCAACGGAAGAGGAUACAGAGCAACUUAACACGCCUACCCUCCCCCAAAAUCCAAUGAACCAUCAUCCCAAAAGCCAGGCAUCUGGGGCAAGCGUACCUGAUUUAGACGCACCGCUCUUACCUCCUCAUCCCCCCUUCAUCACUCCUACCCGGCAUAUAGCGCAUGAUUCAACAUCUACCAUCCAAGGUAGUAGCAAUUCGCCAGGAGGAUCUUCGACACCUGGAGGGUCAUCAAUCCUGUCGGGGCUGGAUUCGAUGAUGUUCGUGACAGGCGGUACUGGAGGGCACUAUGCUCAACUGACUUCUCAAGGGGAAGUCAAUUGGCCUGUAGAAGCUGCCGAAGGUAGUGACUGGGGGACUCCUGGAAAAGAGAUGCAUCAAACCACUCUUAUCAGCUCUCCGACUUCAUCAGCCAGAAUCGAUCGGCCGCGUAGCUCCACUUCCGAGAUCUUUUCUACUCAGGUCUCUGAGACAGGUGGUGCAGAAAGUGAUUACCGUUCCCCUAAUUCUCACAACUCAUAUGGUAUGCCGAGCACAGGCAGUGCUAUGUCAUCAUGGGAAGAAGUCGGGAGAACCGAUGAUCAAGUGUCCAAAGCGCCCGCCAAUCACUCAAAUCACGCAAGAUCAGAAAGUGUUGGUGCGAAAAUGAAGAGGACAAUGAAGUCUGCUAUGCGGAAGCACAGCCAAUCUCGAAGCUCAAUGACCAGUUCCAGCCCACCAGUGUCCCCUCGACGCGGCUCAGGUGCAUCAGCCGCGCCUUCUCAGGGGAGUGUCCCUAGGAUAUGGCCAAAAGGUGAGCCAUUGGCUAGUAAUAGAAUCGCCAACCACCACCCUUCCGUUUCUUCACUUUCAGUAUCUCAAGCCAACUCUGCUACUGCUUCCUCGUCUAAUCUCAUCCAACACCAACUUUCUUCUGGUCCCUCUCAAGUAUCCCUUCUUCCUCGGGCAAAUUUGAACGACCCCAGAAUACACAUAUCCAAAUUGUCACCUUUCCCCGGCAUUGAGCAUCUGGAAAGUCGUUCUGCUGGACUCGAAGAAUCCCCUGGAGAGAAGCCCAAACUGAUGCAGCAAGUGUCCGAUUCAGUUAUCCCCUCACACAGUUCUGUUUUGACCCCUGGCGGAACGCCUGCCCCAGAAAAUAUCUACGCAUUGCCGCUUGUUGCUCGAGCCGAGGCGAACAAGCGGCUUUCUGGGGAAAGUGUCACGAAACGCAACUGGCUCACCAAGGCUUUGACUUCUCCAAGAUCCUCCCUGUCUCGAAAAAUUAGUUAUGGGGAUGUGAGAAACCGGGGAAAUCCUCUAGGGCAAGGCGCGAUGGUCAUCUCAUCAGGUGUCGACCCAUUUGCAAGCCCACCAAUGGGGGCUGUGCCCACCUCUUCAACACCCAGUAUACCAUCAUCGAUGAGCCCAGGCGGUAAGUCAAAUGCAGCCAGUCCCACGGUGUCGACAGUUCCCGAAAUGAAUGAGGACAGAACUCGAGCUGCUACUCUGGUACGCUUGAGAGAGGGCGAAAGCGCUCCUGGUAUGAUACAGGAGAGGGUUCAGAUGCGCAAAGAGGCAUUGUUGCCGAAAAAGACAAUAGACAUCUUGAGAAGAAUGGAUGAAGUGCUUGCGCUGGGACCAGAACAUCCAGCCAGACCAGAGAUGUUGGAUGAUCCUCCUCGAAAAUUCCUAAUGUCCUCUCAGAUUCUGCAAGUCGUCAACGCUGAUAUAGUGAAAGAUCGCUUUCUUUUCCUGUUCACCGAUCUGCUGGUGAUUGCUAAACCCAUCCUUGUUCAUAAUAUCCACGCGACGCUUGAUACGCAGUUCACCGUCAAAAACAUUGUCAGUCUCGACAAGCUGCUUGUCACCGCCCCAAACGGAGAAUCACCUGCCGAAUCAGGGCGACACCCAGUGGUCGAUCAAUUUGUGGAUAAGUUCAAACAAGAUCCAGUUGAAGCGUGCAGAUACGUUGUCGAAAAAUGCAGCCCCGCAGUGGAUCUUGCGACCCUCGCUGGUUUGAUCCUCAGGACUUCUGAACUAGACAAGACUCAAGUCGGUCUUUUACUCGGAAAUAACGAAGGUCUUACGAGGGCUUUCGUUGACCGAUUCCAUUUCAGAAAUAUUCGCGUCGACGAUGCGCUACGCAUGUUUCUCCUAUCUCUGCGAUUGCCGACUGAUCACAUAUCCUGCGAGACUUUGUUAAAAGUCUUUGCGGAGCGCUACUAUGUCGCCAAUCAUGAUCAUCUUACCUAUAAUCAGGAGCUUGCUAUCGAGCUCGUCCUGACUAUAAUGAAAUUCAAUGACGCGCUCUAUUCAACCUUUGGUUUCGCCUCAGCCAAUAAUGUGAUCACCCGAGAGGCGUUCAUCACUGCAUUCAGGAGCAAGGAUCCUCAUGGUCUGGUACCUCAUGACCUGUUGUCACAGAUUUACACGUCUCUCCGUUCGAUGCGCUUGACACAAGCUCUUGCAUCGAACGAAGUGCGCUUUGAACGCUGGGCUGUAAUCACUUUGCCUCAUACUUCAACCAAGUUAACUUACAAUGUUUGGUCAGAGAAGAUAUAUAUCAACAUCCCUGCGCCUGACACAAAGUUGAGGAUCAAAUUGCUCGGUGAAGGACUAGAAUUUGAUCCGCCCGAACUGGAUUUUGCGAAUAAAACAGAGGAAUCAUUUAAGCUAAAGGGAACCUCACUCGGAAUGAAGACGUUGCUGCUUGUGAGGGUUGGCGAUAAUGCGGCAUUAUACGGAAGCUUAGGUAGUACCCGUCAAUUUACUGUGGAGCGAGCCUUCAUGCGCCAUACAUUCCAGAUUGCAUUCUCCAAUCAUAGAGGCCUAAAACGGGAGUAUUGCUUUAGCACCAACAGCUCUGCGUCUUGUCAGAAAUGGAGAGAACUGUUGGAAAAGCAUAUCAAGGAAACAAAGAGGGCCAAAUCCAUGAAGGGGAGUUCAUCUCGGGACGUCGUAAGACAGACUGCCGAGGCCGUAUCAUUCCAAGUUUUGCGCGACGCUCUUAUAUGUUCAGAAGAAACAGCGCAACCAACUCAGAAAAAUGCGGCUCUCAGACUUGGAGGGAAUGCGACUGCUCUGUCUGAGCAAGAUGUUGAAUCUCGUUCACGCACUGGAUCCAUCAGUGCCGCCUACGCACAAUUCGCGCUAAAGGAAGAAUAUGAGCUGGGCCCUCUCCAGCGCACACGAGGAGAAAAGGACAUGGACAAGGCAUCAGAAAAAGUCAACACAAGGACAGGGAAAGAAUUAGUCCUACUCUGUAGACAGAACAGCUUGAUGCCAGGAUUGCUAAAGUUGCUGCACGCGGGUGCCGAGCAUGGGCCGGAUGAUGGCCAAGCACGAGAGGGUGUUGGUAGAGACGAGAACGUAGUGCGAUCAAAAGGGAAGAGAGUUUGAAGACAUAACGAUCAUGUGGAUAACGAAUUGCGACGAACUUGGGAAUAUGUGUUCUAUAUAGCUUGUGCUUCAUAGUCUUGUAUAGUUUGUAUAUAAAUAACUGCAGCUUGCAUAUGCACGAACGUUGUGCCC